AUGGAAGCUUGUAAGAUUUACAAGCAUUUGACUUGUGGCACUCCAAGAAAUGAAUUGCUUAAUUUGUGUGGGAAUCUCAUUGUGCUAAAUCAAGGGCUUUUUGUGUUUAUAUAUUGUGGAGUUAAAAACGUUUUAAUUAAUCAUGUAAGCGGAACGAUAGUAGUGCGAGAUCGGAUUAGCGCUUUGCCAGAUCAUAUCCUCUCACACAUUCUUCAAUUCUUGUCACAGAAGGAAGCAACAGCUACUAGCAUCUUAUCUAAGAGAUGGAAAAAAUUAUGGUUAUUAUACCCUUAUAUGGAUUUUGAUAAUAGAUGUUCAAAAAAUUAUAUUGUGAAAGCAUUUAUUCAGAGAAUCGAUAAAACUUUGGGUCAAUUUAACGCUCCAAAAUUGCAUGUAUUCAAGGUUUUCAGCAAGAGGCCGAGGGGUUUUAAGUCUCACAUAACAAAUUGGAUUUCCUUGGCAAUUAAGAAUGGUGUUUCUGAACUUGUAUUACAAUUGGGUAAUAUUGAUCGUACUGGUAGCAUAUGGAACUAUUAUGUUUCUUCUUAUAUAUUUGGUGAAGAUAUAAAACAUUGCACUUUAUCGCUUGCCAACUCUCCAGAUUUUGCAAAGCACUUUGAGUUUCGAAGAGUUUUAUGCCUAAGAUGUGUAAAUCUUUGUAAUGGAGUUUUUAACAAAAUUUUGUCAAGAUGUUCUUUUCUUGAAAAGUUUCUGUUGAUGAAUGAUGUUCGGCUAGUUUAUGCAAAGAAUAAAGCUCCUCACUUGAAUUUGAAGAGGCUGGAGCUAUACAACUGUGUGAACCUUAAAAAAUUGGAUCUUUUGGCUCCAAAUCUUACCACUUUCAGAUAUCAAGGAAGCGAGUGCAUCUUUUGUAUCCUGAAUGCUCAUAAGCUUGUUUCUCUAGAUCUGAUGCCCAAUAUUUUUCUAGAACGAAACUCGAAUGCAUCCUUUCCAAAGAAAAGUUCUUCUCUUAUCUCCCAAAGCUGGAAUCUUUGCUAGUGACAGUGGAGAGCUUUGAGGUAAGCAAAUGCAUAAUGAGAUUGCGUUCUGACUUUUUUACUACCUCCGUCCCAAAGAUAUGUUCCAAGUUUUUGUCUCUUAUCGUUGGAUGGCUCUGUGCAGGAAAUGACUGAUCUUACAGAAUUGAGUUUACUCAGUAAUCUGAAAAAGCUGACGAUGUUUGUAGACCAACCAUCUUCUCUACGACGAGCCUACCAAGUAGUUACAUCCAUUAUUAGAGAAGCUCCAUACUUGGAGUUUAUUGAGCUAAUGGUAAGUACUUUUGCAUUUCAUCAAACAUAUUUCCAAACAUAUUGGGAAAAUAUGAAGUUUAUUGUUUACUAAGAGUGGUUAAAAUCUUAUUUGUUGGCAAUUUCUUUGAUCACUUUACAUAAGAAUUAAUAGUAUUUUAUUUUCUCGUGUUUGUUCAUAGGAUCAAAGUAUUCAGUGAGUGUUAUGAAGGGAUGAGCAUUUCAGGGUUUGGUUCGGGUCUGGACCUCCUACUAUUACCCGGACUAUAAGUUUACUCUUUCCAUAAGAGAAUAAGCUCUCUGAAAACUAACAUCUUUGUAAUGCUUGUGGUUAAAAUCUA